AUGUCCACCAAAACGCAUUUGCCAGAAUUGGAGCAGGGCGAUGACGCGAAGUACCCCAGUCAGAAGGGUUGGCCUGUAACAUGUCCCUGUCUCAAAUCCGAGCCAUCAUACAAGCUGGCUACCGUUCUUCCUCUAUUGCCCAAUAUCAUCGUCGCCCCGCCUCAUCUGAUCCAAAAUUGGAUUGACGAGUUUGAAAAGUUCCAUGACGGCAACCGAGACAGUCCUGCCAGCCGCAUGGUUAUCACCACCACUCAUAGCACUUUUUCUACGAGCUCUUUUGUCCACAGGAAGAAGAGUGCAGCCUUCCAAUGCAUCGUUCAUGAGGAGAAGGCAGACUUUGUUCUCCGCGCUCCCGAUUACAACGUGGUACCUGUCUCCAAAACGUCCGCGGGCCAUGUCAUCGUCGUUAGCCAUGCCGGUUGCACUGCGCUGAUCUCUCUUUACGAAGAAGAUACGGUUUGGAAGGGCAACGACGGAGAAGCCACCGCUGUCUCGCAGGGCUGGGCAGUAGACCUAGCUGGGAUGAAGAGCGAGGAAGAUAUCGCCAAGUUCGACGAAAUGGACCGUGACUGGAGGUACCUCAUCGAAAAAUUCCACAACAAAUCGUUGGAUGACAAGAAACGCGAUGCCAUUCAGAAACGCGAGGACGACGUCACAAAGAUCCUGACGCCAUUCAUACCUCAGAUGAUCAACUCUUGGCGGAAGCGAUCAAAGUUCAAUGGCAGAUACAUCUUCCCAGAAGCUCCAAUCACAAGUAAGGCCUGUAAUAUGCUGGAUGGCCCAACGCGGGAUGCUCACCGUUCUUUGGCACGAGAGGUGCAGGCGUGGACCGACAAUGGUUUCGAGGAAGCAGUACGGAAAUGGCAGAACGACGAGGUGCAAGGGGACCAGCCCGAGGCAUUGGCUUUCCAGAGGCAAGAGCUUAAUCUGGCGCGCUUGAUCAGGGGAGAAGAGGUGCCCUACGAAUCGAUGUUGGUAAAGAAGAUCCAGCCUUGGGCAACCGAGACCACCAGACUCAUCAGAGAAAAUGCUACUUCGAAUAAGGUGAGGGAGGCUCUCGCCAAGUCGCCCUGGUGGAAACACAAGGACGAGCUCAAGAGAGAGUCGCCCAAGCUGAAGGUUCUCCGGGAUUAUCUCGAUGAACUCAUCGACCUCCGGAAGAAAAACGCAACGGACCCGGCUCUCUUUUCUCACCUUUAUGUGUCUUUAUCGGAGCCACCAACAGAAAAUAUCGAAUGGUACUACGUGCACGCCGGUCUCUCGCAAAAGGAGCGGAAUGAGCUCACCGACAAGUUCAAAGAGAAGAAGAAGUACGGAAACGGGCAGCCAGAGCCCAUGAGGGUACUAAUCAGCAAUGAGGCAAUGGUCGGUGUCAGGCUCAACCUGCAGAAUGCCAACUACUGUAUCGUGACAGAGGUCCUGCGCAACGGCGACCGGCAGCGACAGGCCUUCGGCCGGAUCGACCGCCAAGGGCAGAUGAUGAGACCCGUCCUCGUCCAGCUGUACGACAAGAACAACCUGGCGGAAAACGUCCGACGCGUCCGCAAUGACAACCGCGCCAAGCUGGCGAACGAUCCGGAUGAGCAAGUCGUGGAAGAGAUUGACCUUGACGAUUAUGUUUGA